ACUAAACAGCUCCGAGGCGAAAGCAUCCAUUUAUCCAAAAUAUUUGUGUUUCCGUUUUUUUUUUUAUUUUGUUUUAAGGUUUUUUUACCAUUCAAAAACCACACAAAAGGAUUUGCCUGGAACAUGAAGAGCAUAGUGGCUCAGACGGGAAACCAGAUGCGGCCUCAAAACAUGACCCGCGUGGUUUCGGUGCUGAAGGACACUCGCCGGAGGUGCCUGAAGUCCAGCGGUGCGGUCUGCAACCUGCUGGCCCAGCUGAAGGCCACUCCGGUGGAGUUCCGGUGGACGCCGCACCUGGCGUCGUUGGUCCGACCGCCGGACACGGACACCUACCAGACGCUGUGGCGUCCCUACGUGAACUUCAACACCCGCCUCACCCGCAAGCUAUCGGGGGCAAUGGAGCGCCGGGGAUCGAGCAUCAAUUUCCUGGGUCGCAGCCAGUCGAAGCACGGUCCGCAUGCGCAGCCAUCCAUCUCCGUUCUGCCGGUGCGAUCCCGGUAUGCUCCCAAGACAGUGCAGGGUCGAAAGUGGCCAAUUUGGCGGCAGUCGUCGGUGCGGCCGCUCCUCCUGCCGUCGUCCAAUCUGUGGACCGGCGUGCUUAGCCAGCGCUUCUAUGGACCCCGUUUGCGUCCCGCCGAGGAGGAGGUGGUGGAGCGACGCCCGGUGCCGCAGCUGCUGGUCACCAAGGAGCAGAGCGAGGAGGAGGAGCUCCAGCUGCAAAGGAGACGCGACACAGGUCGAGUUCGCCAUCACCAUUCGGAGAGUCCCCUGCUGGAGCGAAACGUAGAGAGCGACGAGGAGGAGGAUCAGGGUGAGCAGGAGACGGAGAGGGUCAGGGAGAGGGAGAGGGAGCACCGGGACAGAUGCAGACGACCCUACAUUCUCAGCGAGCUGAUGACCCCCGAACUGGCGACCAAGUGGCUGACCCGGGAGCCCAGGUCCCAGCCAUCCGCCCAGAUGGUGACCCAAACCUGGACAAGCGGGAGUCAUAGGAGGCAUCGCUCGCGUCGCUCCAGCUGCGAAAGGAGCCAGGUGGUGUCCGAACUGGAGGACUGGCGCAGAUCCGCCAAUCACCAGCCAGUGCCCAUUUUCCAGGGCCAACCAGUCGAGCAGGAGCACCUGCGUCACGCCAGCUGCAAGACGAGCGCCAGGAGCAUGAAGGACGUCCAAGAGAUGGUUUGGGAACCGAAGAAGCAGAAGCCGUGGAGUCGCUCCAAGGAGACGGCGAGCACAUCGGGACCCACAAUACCCACCAUCCGAGCGGCGAAGUCGGCUCUUUUAAUUGCGCAGGAGUCGCGUGGCAAGCAGAGCCGGCUGAUCACCAAGGAGCUGGUCUACAGACCCGAUUCCUCCUAUUCCUCCGAUUCCUCCGAACAGGAUGACCAGGCGGCGGACCACCAUCACCAUCGACGCCAUCGUCGUCAUCGUUCCACUGGCGGAGGAGUGGUGGAGCGGGCGCUGCUCAAGGAGCACUUUGCCGACUUGCUGUUCAUGGACGAGAGCAAGGGUCCCUUUCGGAUUGGCUACCACCGCAAUGCGCCCACCCGCCAGCUGCUCGAGCAGGGCAAGUGCCAUGUCUCCCUGCGCCGGGAGCAGUUCUUCCACCUGCAGCCCGUGCGUCCCAACUCCCUCAUCCAGGCGGUGGACCUGGAGGUACGGGAGUCGCCGCGUCAGGCGGUGACCACGCUGCAUCGUCGCGAUGGCGCCAGGCGUCCGCGUCCCGUGGAAACGGUGGUCAAGCCAUCGCUGCUCACCAUGAUUCGCCAGGAUGCCGUCACCUGGGAGAAGAAGAAGAAGGGCCGGCAGACGGCAGACCAGCGAUCGAGUGCGACGGGUGCGCGUCCCAAGAAGGAGGCCUCCAUGCGGCGCCUGGUGCGGAAUGCAUCCUCGCUGGAGCUGAUCAGGCAGGCGGCGACCACGUCCAUACCCACGCCCACGCCCACAGCCACGGCCACGGCGAAAGCCACGGCCACAGUUGGUGGAAAUAGGCCAUCGCUGGUCAACAGUUACCACAAGGUGAUGAUCAAGAAGCUGCCGCUGGUCAACAGCCAGCUGGAUCUCUGCCAGGCGGCGGCGCAUCCCUUCAAGGAUCUCGAGGAGCCGCGGACCAAGGAGAAGGAGGUGGCCACCAGCUGGAAGCAGGCGAACGCGGCCAGGAACUACAAGUACGAGGCCUCCACCUCCUACUGGAGUCGGGCGAAUCCCGGCAAGAAGAGCUCGGUGCGGGACAUGACCGAGGGCUACUUCCUGGCCAGGCGCAGUUCCUCCACCUCGGUGAAGGGACAACAGACGACCUCGUCCCGGAAGGUGAAGCCGCCCAGGCAGCCGGUGGUCAAUAGCAAGGUCCAGGUGCCACCACCUGUUUACCGCGAGCGAAGAGCGCACGAAGUGCAGACCAGCGAGGAGGAGGAGGAGGAGGAGGAGGACUACCCACUUUACCCACCCUACCAAUCCCUGAAGGCCACUAAGUUCCAGAGAUAAGUCAUCAUCCUGGGGUAUUGGAAACCGACAUACAUACCACAUGUUUUUACAAACAAAACCCGGACAAACGGAAAGGCAAAUCCACAUUCGAAGCGGAAUUCCAAAUUGAGCAGUGAACACUACAAAUAUACACAAUACAUACAUACAUAUGUACACACACACACACAUCACACACACCUCGUGGAUGAUCGAUGCUCCUCCCCGGAGAUCACCUCGCCAUCGGUAUAUCACCAUAAUCCACUUUAACACUCCACUAUCCACACAAAUCCACGCAUCAUCUGCACGAAUUGAAAAUUCCAAAGUCGGAUCCGGAAAUUUGCCUCGAAAAUUUGCACUAUCAUCUGUUUUUUGGCGCCCACAUCCUUGGUAGUUCUUUUUUAAGGUAGCAUCGUUCUGGCAUUGUUCUUUAUUUUUAUAUUUUAUUUAACUUGCUUUUUCUUUUUUGGAGAACAAGGGAAACUGUUUAAAUUGAGGCAUAAGUGUUAAAUACAAGUCAAAUUACUAGAAGUCAAAAAAUAAACAAUGUUGAAUGCUUAAUUCCA